AUGGCCAAUCAGAACCAGACAGACAACUCGGAAAUAAUCCUUUUGAUGAUCUCCAGUAGACCUGAACACCAGAGUCUCUUCUUCUUGCUUUUUCUGUUCAUCUACUUGUUGACACUACUAGGGAAUUUCCUCAUUGUCUUGCUUGUCUGCUUGGACAACCAUCUCCUUCAGGCUCCAAUGUACUUCUUCCUGAGCCAGCUCUCCCUGGCUGACAUCAUUUUUAUUUCCACUACUGUUCCUAAGAUCCUGAUAAAUCAGAUGUCUCAGACUCAGACCAUCACCUUCAGUGGGUGCUUAAUUCAGAUGUAUUUCUUUCUCACCUCUGGUAACACAGAUAACUUCCUCCUCGCCUGCAUGGCUUAUGAUCGCUACGUGGCUAUCUGUCACCCACUGCAUUACAUCACUGCGAUGAGCCACAAGUGCUGCCUCUUUUUGGUUUCUGGAUCCUGGAUCAUUUCUAGUCUCCACUCUUUACUCUACACACUUCUGAUAUCACGCCUUUCUUUCUGCACCUCUGUGGAGAUCCCCUAUCUUUUCUGUGAUGUCUAUCCUCUCCUGGAAUUCUCCUGUUCUGAUACAAGAUUCAUAAAGAUCUUGGCACAGACGGAGGGGGCGGUGGAUCUGCUGGGGCCUUUAGCCAUCAUCAUUAUCUCCUAUGCACUAAUAUUCUCCACAAUCAUAAAAAUUCCCUCAACAGCUGGGAAAUACAAAGCAAUCUCCACUUGUGGCUCACAUCUGACUGUGGUGAUCUUGUUCUACAGCACUAUCAGUUGCCUUUAUUUCCAGCCUGCCUCUGCUUACUCAGCCCAAAAAGGCACUUUUAUCUCUCUCUUAUAUGGAAUGGUGAUACCAAUGCUGAACCCCUUCAUCUAUACACUAAGGAACCAGGAGGUAAAGUCAGCAAUAGUAAGACUUCUUGGCAGGAUGAGAGCUUUUUUAAGAAAAUAA